GUCUGUCGCAUGACGUCUCUCUCUGGCCGAGAGCAGAACAGGAAGCAGCGGGGUGGAGAUCGGUGCACGCCGCUCUCUCUUCCUCUGCCACGUUCACUUGCUCUGAAUUUACACCGGCUUUUGAUUCCUGGCGGUAGAGGACAUCCUGGAUUUUGAUGAGGCAGGAAGAAUCGCUCUGCGUUAGUGUGUGUAUGAUAGUGUGUGUAUGAUAGUGUGUGUUUGUGUGAGAUAGGGGACAGAGGAAAGGAGGGGGCCCGGGCGUGACACCAGCGGGAGGCCCACCAUGGCCAGUGAGGACGCACUGGAGGAGCUGCCCGGGGAUCGAACAGUCGAUUCCCCGGUAGCCACUGAGCAGAGUGACUCUGAGUCAUGGAGCGACCCAGGUGGGCUGUCGGUGCUGCAGCAGCUCGGUCUGGACCAGAACUCCGACUUCUCCGACUCCAGUGUGCAGCAGCGGCUGGACGAGCACCGCGAGAGGAUCCGCCGGGAGAUCCGCAAGGAGCUGAAGAUCAAGGAGGGUGCGGAGAACCUGCGCCGAGCCACCACCGACAAGAGGAACGCCCAGCAGGUGGACUCGCAGCUCCGCAGCUCCAAGCGGAAGCUGGAGUCGCUGCACACUCAGCUGCAGGAGCUGGACGCACACAUCGUGGUGAAAGGCCCUGAUGACAACGAAGAUUCCCCUCGGUCCCCGGGCUCGGUCAGUCGCACGUCGGCCACCCAGCACCGCAUCGCAGCCCUGGAGCGGCAGCUCAACAUCGAGCUGAAGGUCAAACAAGGGGCGGAAAACAUGAUUCCAAUCUAUUUGAAUGGAGGAACUAAGGACAAGAAGUUCCUCCAGACGGCUCAGCAGAUGCUGCAGGACAGCAAGACAAAGAUCGACAUCAUCCGCAUGCAGGUCCGGAAGGCCAUGCAGGCCACGGAGCAGUCGGAGGACAACCAGAGUAAGCCGGACAUGUGCGGGGUGGAGCUCCGUGUGGAGGAGCUGUGGCAUCACUACCGGGUCGACCACGCCAUGGCCGAGGGCGCCAAGAACAUGCUGCGGCUGCUGGGUGCAGGGAAGGUCCAGGACAAGAAGGCCAUGGCUGAGGCUCAGUGUGGUCUGAGCGAGUCGUCCCAGCGGCUCGACCUGCUCCGGUGUUCUCUGGAGCAGCGGCUGCAGGAGCUGCCGGAGGAUCAUCCCAAGGCCUGCCUCAUCAAGGAGGAGCUGGUGCUGGCGUCGUCCUCGGCCUUCAGCUCCCGGCACAGCACCCCCUACGUCCACAACCAGUACAGCACCCUGAUGAAGCCGUCGCCUCUCACAGGAACUCUUCAGGUGCAUCUCCUGGGCGUGGUCGGGCUGCUGGAGGUCAUCCCCGGGCGCAGCAGAGGGAACCCGGUGGUUCUCCCGUCUCACUCUCUUGGAGACGGACGUUCCUCCUUCAAACUGAGCGGCCUCUACAGCCGCAGCACCAGCAGCAUGAGCCUCAAGAUCCCGGGCAAGACCGACGAGCUCUCCACGGAGGUGAGCGCGGUGCUGAAGCUGGAGAACACAGUGGUGGGUCAGACAGCUUGGAGAACGGUUGGAGAACAGGCCUGGGAUCAUACCUUCACUGUAGAGCUGGAGAGGUCCAGAGAGAUGGAGAUCGCUGUGUACUGGAGAGAUUAUCGCUCCCUGUGCGCUCUGAAGUACCUGAAGCUGGAAGACUUCCUGGACAACCAAAAACACCGAGUUCAGCUGGAGCUGGAGCCUCAGGGGCUGCUGCUGGCCGAGGUGAUUUUCUUCAACCCAGUAAUAGAGAGAGGCCGACGGCUCCAGAGGCAGAAGAAGGUUUUCUCCAAACAACACGGCAACGCCUUCCUCCGCGCUCGGCAGAUGAACGUGGACAUCGCCACCUGGGUCCGCCUGCUGAGGAACGCCAUCCCCAGUGGAAGCAACGCCCCGGCCUACACGCCCAGUUUCUCCAGCAACACACGAAGCUCUGGAGAAAUCUCCGUGGAGAAGCUGACUCUGGGCAGCGACUCGCCUCCCAAACCCGAGACCAGGGGAGACGUGGUGGACGCCCCAGCCACCUCGGAACAGGUCAUCGAGGCCACGCCCCCACAGGAUGUCCCUGUGCACGAGCAGCGGAGCAGAUCGCUGUCACAGAAUUCUUUACGCAGAGCCAGCAGAGGCCCGGUCGGCCUGCAGGACUUCAAGCUGAUGGCCGUGCUCGGCAGGGGACACUUUGGAAAGGUGCUGCUGUCGGAGUACAGACGGACCAGCGGCCUCUACGCCAUCAAAGCCCUGAAGAAGGGAGACAUCGUUGCUCGGGACGAGGUCGAAAGUCUGAUGUGUGAGAAGCGGAUCUUUGAGGCCGUCAACGGCUCGCACCAUCCCUUCCUGGUCAACCUGUUUGCAUGUUUCCAGACACCAGAACAUGUGUGUUUUGUCAUGGAGUACACGGCAGGAGGAGACCUCAUGAUGCACAUACAUGCUGACGUCUUUUCUGAGCCGCGUGCUGUGUUCUACUCGGCCUGUGUGGUGCUGGGUCUUCAGUUCCUUCACGACCAUAAGAUUGUGUAUCGGGAUCUGAAGCUGGACAACCUGCUGCUGGACACCGAGGGUUUUGUGAAGAUCGCAGACUUUGGGCUCUGCAAAGAAGGUAUGGGAUUUGGGGACAGGACCAGCACCUUCUGUGGGACCCCUGAGUUCCUGGCCCCUGAGGUGCUGACGGACACGUCCUACACCAGAGCAGUGGACUGGUGGGGCCUCGGGGUGCUGGUCUACGAGAUGCUGGUCGGAGAGUCUCCGUUCCCCGGUGACGAUGAGGAGGAGGUUUUCGACAGCAUAGUGAACGAUGAAGUGCGUUACCCACGCUUCCUCUCCACCGAGGCCAUUGGGGUCAUGAGACGGUUGUUGAGGAGGAAUCCUGAGAGGCGUCUGGGCUCCGGAGAAAAAGAUGCUGAAGAUGUGAAGAAACAACCUUUUUUCAGGGGUCUGGACUGGGACGCUCUUCUUCACAGGAAAGUCCCGCCGCCGUUCGUCCCGACCAUCGCGGGAAAAGAAGACGUCAGCAAUUUCGACGCGGAGUUCACGGCCGAGCCUCCAACCCUCACGCCGCCCAGAGAGCGCCGCACGCUGUCCCGCAAAGAACAGGACUUCUUCAAGGACUUUGAUUACAUCUCCGACCUCUGUUAAAUUCAGGGGUCAGGGGUCGUCGGGUGAGGAGCUGCCCACUGCCGGCGCCCACAGACUCUGAGAGGAGACGUGAAGGCCGACUCUGUGGAGUGGAGCUGGAUGGCGGCGAGGAACACUCCUCUCUCUUUCUCUCUCUCUCUCUCUCUCUGUGUCUGUGUUUGCGAGGGGAUGGAGGACGGGAUGGAGGACGGGAUUGAGGACGGGAUGGAGGACGGGAUGGAGGACGGGCCGAGUGAGAACGAGGAUCAGUGGAGUCUGGUCGUUUGUCACACACAUUCGCGGUGUCACGGAUCUGCUGACCUCCAGAUUAUCUGGAGUGGCUUUUAGAGGAGGAGGAAGUCGCGAUGAUGACAGGAGAUAAUCCAGAUUAUGUAAAAAAAAAAAUGGAAGAUGAGAUGAAGGACGCUGGGACACGGUGGAGCGGUGAUUGUACUGAAACGCUUCACGAGCCUCGGAACCACACAAGGAUUCUGACAGGAAGCAGUUUGUGUCUUUCCCAUAUUCCCUUGUCCCCUUGUCUCUGCUGUGUGUUGCUGCUCAGUGUGUCUCGCUGUGUCCUCGUCUCCGUCAUGAACGUGUCAGCCGCACUCGUGCAUCGCCUGGUCCUGAGCACACGGGGGAGCCAGAGGACAGAGAGACGCUUCCUGUGUGGGUUCACGUUUGUGCGUCUGGAUCUGACUUACAACGCCAUCGUCCUCGUCUCUUUCUGUCUUUCAGCACAACACUGAUUUUUAAACAGUUACAUUUUUCAAUGACAACAAGCUUUUACAGAUUUUGUUCUGUUUUUGUGAUUCUUGGUUUUUUUUGUUUUGUCCCUCGUCUGUUUUCUCCAUCUGUCAUUUGCUGGUGAAACGUGUUGGAACUGUGACUCAGUAAAGA